GUCUAUGCAAUAUUAGUUAGUCACCCUCCUGCUCCCAACGAUCACCUAACACCAACACCCGUAUCAUACACAGCUGGCUUCUACAGGAUCCCUGUCAUUGGUCUGACAACACGCAUGUCUAUAUAUUCCGAUAAGAGCAUCCACCUGUCCUUUUUGCGCACGGUCCCACCAUACUCUCACCAGGCCAACGUCUGGUUUGAGAUGAUGAGAGUCUUCAACUGGAAUCACGUCAUUCUGAUAGUCAGCGACGACCACGAAGGUCGUGCUGCACAAAAGAAGCUGGAGACCCUCUUGGAGGAGAGAGAAUCCAAGAGUAAAAAAAGGAACUAUGAAAACCUCGACCAACUUUCCUAUGACAACAAGCGAGGACCCAAGGCUGAGAAAGUGCUUCAAUUUGACCCUGGAACCAAAAACGUGACGUCGCUGCUGCUGGAGGCUAAGGAGCUGGAGGCUCGUGUCAUCAUCCUUUCUGCCAGUGAGGAUGAUGCAGCCACGGUGUACAGAUCAGCAGCCAUGCUCAAUAUGACGGGCUCCGGCUACGUGUGGCUGGUGGGGGAACGGGAGAUAUCGGGCAAUGCCCUGCGUUAUGCCCCUGAUGGAGUGAUCGGUUUGCAGCUUAUCAAUGGGAAGAACGAGUCAGCCCAUAUCAGCGACGCUGUCGCGGUGGUGGCCCAGGCUGUGCACGACUUGUUUGAGAAGGAGAACAUCACAGACCCGCCACGGGGCUGCGUGGGCAACACCAACAUCUGGAAGACAGGACCCCUUUUCAAGAGGGUGUUGAUGUCCUCCAAGUACUCGGAGGGUGUCACCGGCCGGGUGGAAUUCAAUGAGGACGGGGACAGGAAGUUUGCCAACUACAGCAUCAUGAACCUGCAGAAUCGGAAAUUGGUCCAGGUUGGGAUUUACAAUGGCAGCCAUGUCUUGACCAAUGACCGGAAGAUUAUCUGGCCAGGGGGAGAAACCGAGAAACCUCAAGGCUAUCAGAUGUCUACCAAAUUGAAGAUCGUGACGAUCCACCAAGAGCCCUUUGUGUAUGUGAAGCCCACACAAGCAGAUGGGACAUGCAGGGAGGAAUUCACCAUCAAUGGAGAUCCUGUGAAAAAGGUCUUUUGCACUGGACCCAAUGAGACCAUCCCAGGCCGUCCCACUGUGGCACUGUGCUGCUAUGGCUUCUGCAUCGACCUGCUCAUCCGGCUGGCGGGGGUGAUGAACUUCACCUACGAGGUUCACCUGGUGGCUGAUGGUAAAUUUGGUACCCAAGAGCGGGUUAACAACAGCAACAAGAAGGAGUGGAACGGGAUGAUGGGGGAGCUGCUGAGCGGCCAAGCAGACAUGAUUGUGGCCCCCCUCACCAUCAACAAUGAGCGGGCACAGUACAUUGAGUUCUCCAAGCCCUUCAAGUACCAGGGCCUCACCAUCCUUGUGAAGAAGGAAAUUCCCCGCAGCACCUUGGACUCGUUCAUGCAGCCUUUCCAGAGCACACUUUGGCUACUGGUGGGGCUGUCUGUGCACGUGGUGGCAGUGAUGUUGUACCUCUUAGACCGAUUCAGCCCUUUUGGCCGGUUCAAAGUGAACAGUGAGGAGGAGGAGGAAGAUGCCCUGACCCUCUCCUCGGCCAUGUGGUUCUCCUGGGGAGUCCUGCUGAACUCCGGCAUCGGAGAAGGUGCUCCCCGGAGUUUCUCCGCACGUAUUCUUGGCAUGGUGUGGGCUGGCUUCGCUAUGAUCAUUGUGGCUUCAUACACUGCCAACCUGGCAGCCUUCCUGGUGUUAGACCGGCCUGAGGAGAGAAUUACGGGCAUCAACGACCCUCGGCUGCGCAACCCAUCUGAUAAGUUCAUCUAUGCCACGGUGAAGCAGAGCUCUGUGGACAUCUACUUCCGACGGCAGGUGGAGCUGAGCACCAUGUACCGGCACAUGGAGAAGCACAACUACGAGAGUGCUGCCGAAGCCAUCCAGGCAGUGAGGGACAACAAGCUCCACGCCUUCAUCUGGGACUCGGCGGUGCUGGAGUUCGAAGCCUCCCAGAAGUGUGACCUUGUGACGACGGGGGAGCUUUUCUUCCGCUCCGGCUUCGGGAUCGGGAUGCGCAAGGACAGCCCAUGGAAGCAGAACGUCUCCCUGGCCAUCCUCAAGUCCCACGAGAACGGCUUCAUGGAGGAUUUGGACAAGACUUGGGUGAGGUAUCAGGAGUGUGAUUCCCGUAGCAAUGCCCCAGCAACACUCACCUUUGAAAAUAUGGCAGGUGUGUUUAUGCUGGUGGCUGGAGGUAUUGUUGCCGGGAUAUUUUUAAUAUUCAUAGAAAUAGCUUACAAAAGGCAUAAGGACGCGCGGAGGAAGCAGAUGCAGCUGGCGUUUGCGGCCGUUAAUGUGUGGAGGAAAAACCUGCAGGAUAGAAAAAGUGGUAGAGCAGAACCUGACCCUAAAAAGAAAGCCACUUUUAGGUCCAUCACCUCCACCCUGGCCUCCAGCUUCAAGAGACGUAGGUCCUCCAAGGAUACG